AGAGGCUGAAGUAGGGGAAAAAAAAGUUCUAACAACUUCAGUAGGAGGAGGAAGUCAGCAGAAAGCAACAGGCUUUUAAACUUUAAAAAGACAGGUCUAAGUGCCUGUCCUUUAGACGUGCUCCUUUUAGCUUUCAAGAACUGCCUGGAACUUGGGAUUUUUUUUCCAUUUUGGAUCUGCAAGGUAACCACUUUUGAGCAUGGGUGACUGGAGUGCCUUAGGAAGACUUCUUGACAAAGUUCAAGCCUAUUCGACUGCAGGAGGGAAGGUGUGGCUGUCUGUCCUAUUUAUAUUUCGAAUCCUUUUAUUAGGGACAGCAGUGGAGUCAGCCUGGGGAGAUGAACAAUCAGCAUUUGUCUGCAAUACUCAACAACCAGGUUGUGAAAAUGUUUGCUAUGAUAAGUCAUUCCCGAUCUCUCAUGUGCGUUUCUGGGUACUUCAAAUCAUAUUUGUCUCAACGCCUACCCUCCUUUAUUUAGCCCAUGUGUUUUACUUGAUGAGAAAAGAAGAGAAGCUAAACAGGAAAGAAGAAGAACUUAAAAUGGUUCAGAAUGAAGGUGGUAAUGUAGACAUGCACCUUAAACAAAUUGAAAUAAAGAAAUUCAAAUAUGGCCUUGAAGAGCAUGGAAAAGUUAAGAUGCGAGGUGGACUUCUUCGCACUUACAUCAUCAGCAUUUUGUUUAAAUCAGUCUUUGAAGUUGGCUUUAUUUUCAUUCAAUGGUACAUGUAUGGGUUUAGCUUAAGUGCCAUCUACACAUGCAAAAGAGAUCCUUGCCCACAUCAAGUGGACUGUUUCCUUUCUCGACCCACAGAGAAGACCAUUUUUAUCUGGUUCAUGUUAAUAGUUUCUAUAGUUUCUCUUGCCCUAAAUAUCAUCGAGCUGUUCUAUGUCACCUACAAAAGUAUCAAAGAUGGCAUCAAGGGGAAAAAAGACCCAUAUUCUGCCACAAAUGAUUCUGUGGUUCCAGGAAAGGAAUGUGGCUCCCCUAAAUAUGCUUAUUUUAAUGGCUGUUCUUCUCCAACUGCUCCCAUGUCUCCACCUGGUUACAAACUUGUUACUGGAGAAAGAAAUCCUUCUUCUUGUCGCAAUUAUAACAAGCAAGCAAGUGAACAAAACUGGGCCAAUUACAGUGCAGAACAAAACAGGAUGGGGCAGGCUGGAAGCACAAUUUCUAACACUCAUGCACAGCCUUUUGAUUUUUCGGAUGAACAUCAGAAUACUAAGAAAAUGGCACCAGGACAUGAGAUGCAGCCCCUGACUAUAUUGGACCAAAGACCAUCUAGUAGAGCAAGCAGUCAUGCAAGUAGCAGACCUCGACCUGAUGAUUUAGAGAUCUAAUCAAUCUUGAUGUAUUACCAGAAGGCACAUUUUAAGAGUGGAGGUGGUACUAAAUUCUCUCAAAUGAGAUUUAACAAACUUUUUUGAUGAACUUUUAUAUGGCGAGGGAAAAUCGCUUUGAUAUUUAAGUAGCUCAUACAAAUUUUACAGUCUUAAAUGACUCAUACAAUAUUUUUUUAGAAUGUAUGUCUAAGACAACAUAUGUGUUUUCAAUUCACCCAAAAAGUGAAAUAUUUGAUGUGAGCAAUGUUGUUUUACGACUAGUGUCAGCCUUCUAUGAGAUGAGAGAUUUCUUACAAUGAUUUUAUAAAUAACUUAAACAAUAGCUUGACUGUUAGGAACUUUUUAGAAUGAAUUCUGGAGAAAGACACCUGGAUGUUUUCUCAAGAUGACUAGCAUUUUUCCUUGCCCCUUCUCUUUUUCUGGUUAAGAAAAUUAUGCUUAUGUAAUUGAAUUGCUUGAUCAUAUGCCUUCUUAAAAGCAGCACUAUUAUUCCGCAACAAGCCUAGUCAAUCCUUUCUGAAUGGCCCAGACAUUCAAUAGGGGAUGUCAAAUCCCAGAUACUACAGUGAUUAACUAAGAUGACAAUUAAUUAUAAAAAUGAAAAACUACUUAAUUCCAUAAGGAUCAUGUUUUAAAAGAACCAAAUGUAACUAUAGGGUCAUCUUUCCCACCAGAUCCUUAUAACAUUCCAACAACAGCAUUAUUUGUGUGGGACUAUUAGAAAUUAUUGCGAAAUCUCCUAUAUUAUAUUAAUAUUUUCCCUAUGUCUAUUUGUGGAAUAAUAUCAUAGUAAAGGCUCCUUAAAUGUGAAACCCAUUUUAAUUCUGAAGUAGGACCUUAGUGGUAAACUAUUCGGCAACCCAACUGGUAGAAGCACCUUUUGAACUGCUUACAUUUUUUUUGCUGGUGCAAUAUUGAAUAAUAUUUUAUGAUGCUGUAUGUAUAUGUGUGUGUUAAGGGUUGGGGUUGCUUGAAGUUUGGUUCUCAAGCAUGGCAGUCAAUAUGGGUCUGACAAAUUAAUCAUCAUUUUGAGCUGAAGUAUGCAGUGAAUCAGAAGAAGAUGUUAGUCAAAGGCAUAUGUCUCAUGAAAUGCCUUUAUAGUAUAGCCAUGUUCUAGUGGUGUCCUCAAUCAUGAAGCAUGAUAAAGCCUACAAACCACGUUUCUGUGGCUAAUUUCUGGUAAGAUACAUUUGUAACGUGUAGUUCAAGGAACUGAGGUAAAUAUUUCUGGAAUAACAUGCAGGGAAUUAACAUGUCAUUUUGCCAGCCAGUUCCCUAUUAUAUAUAUAUUUUUUUUAUCGUUGUAACAAUUUAAGAGCCCAGAAUAUAGUAUGCAUUUUAAUCUACAGGAAAUAUGUUUCAAGAUGUUUCUGAAAUAACAGUGAUGUGAAAAAAGUAAUAAUGCAUUUGUUAAAGAAGUUGUGUUAAAAGAUAUAGAAGAGGUACGUUGUAUAUCAGUGAAUCGGUGAAUGCUUCUUUAGAAUUUGUUUACAAAUUUACAAAUUCCUUCUGUGCAGUUUCCAGCACAUUUAAAAAAUGUUUUUCUUUAUACAAAAUAUUUCCCCCCUGUGUCCCAUUUUCGAUGCAAUAACUCAGCUUAGGAUAUAUCUGAAAAUGUGUCUUUUUUUGUAGUGUGAGAAAGGCUUUUCUAGCAUAAAUGGAUUAAUUUCAUUAAUGUGUAAUCAAUGAUGCUUGAAUGAUUGUAUGUAGUACUGUAAACAGAUUUCAUGUGGUUAUUUUUUGAAAAAUGUAACUAAAAAUGUUUAGAGCUGGAACAUGAUUUAAAUGUAGCUGCAUGGGUCUUGGAAUCUGCUGGCCCAUUAUUGUGAAUUAUGUUGUAAUUGUGUACUGUAAACUAGACUUCAUUAUUCUGAAGAGAUUAAUUUUGUACAUUUAAUUGUGGUUUGGUUGUUCCAACUGUUAUAAUGUUUGCACUUGGGAUUUUGUUGUUUGGAAUGCAAGGGAGUCUGGAAUACAACUUGUUCCAUGAUACACUUUAGAAAUAAUUUAUUUUCAUUAAUGCAUCUGCUUAACACCUCUACUUUUUAUUUACAGUGAGCCAGGUUCAUGCUUAGGUAGAGCUGAAAAGGCAUUUGCCCCGGAGCCCCAAAUCAGGGUAGGGUAAAAUACAAAAUACAUUUUUGGGACCAAAAUGCAGAUAAAAUACAAACAAUAUUUAAAUGGAUAACACUUGUUUUAUAUCGUCUAUACAUAAAUCAUGGAUGUACAUCAUGCAGUGCCCUGGAUGUUAUUAAACUGCAAUUCACAGAAUGUCACAAAGGAUGUUGAGGAUAUACUGGGAUUUCUAGCUCAACAACAGUUUCCAUGGCUACCUGAUUUACGUAAUUUUACCCCCUCUAGAUAAGGGCACUUAGUGGCAUAUUUAUUAUAGUGUGAAAGCCAACCUCACCAGGGAUGUUGCCCAUAGCAACAUAUCAGAUCUUUGCUUUUGUUUAAUUGCUGAUUGGUUGCUAUGGGCAACAUUACCGGUGAGGUUGGCUUACACACUAUAAUAAAAUAUGCCCCUUAGUCUAUUUGGAUUGCUAGGGCCCCUCUUCUUUCUCCAGCCCAAAGUGAUACUGCCUUCCUUUGUCUCUAUGCAUUCUAGUGAGAAAUGGAUUGUAGGACUUCUAUACUAUGGAAGAGAAUGGAUUUUGUACCAUAGUCAUAAUUAAUGAUUUUGAUAUUUUUAUAAACUACUGUUAUGUUCAGCUUCAUUGCAUGUAUGCAGUCAUGGUUCAUUAGCACAUGGUUUCCAGAGUACUUUUCUCUAGACAAUAAAGUUUUACUUUAGUAAA